CCGUACAGAAGACCCCGUGGUGGGUAUUACAGAACGAAACCGCAGCUCACCACCCUGACGGACCGCCGCUCCUCACCCUCCUCUUGGCCAUGGGCCCUCGGAGUCGCGAGCGUCGCGCGGGGGCAGUACAGAGCACUAACGACAGCAGCGCCCUCAGCAAGAGUUCCCUGGCCACGCACGGGUACGUGCACGAUCCCUUUGCCGCGUUGCUCGUUCCGGGGACCGCGCGCCGCGCGCCGCUCAUCCACCGCGGCUACUACGUCCGCGCACGCGCCGUGGGGCACUGCGUGCGCGCCUUCCUGGAACGGACGUGCGCGGCCCCAGGCGCGCCUCGCGCCCAAAUUCUGUCGCUGGGGGCUGGCUCGGAUUCUCUGUAUUUUCGCCUGAAAAGUGAGGGCCGCCUGGCCGGGGCUGCAAUCUGGGAAGUAGAUUUUCCGGACGUGGCCCGGCACAAAGCCGAGAGGAUUCAAGAUACGCCGGAACUGUGCGCGUUAACUGGGCCUUUCCAGAGCCGGGACUCCGCGUCAGCGCUGUUCUUUGAGAGUUUGGACUACCGCCUCCUGGGCCUGGACCUGCGGCAGCUCCCGCGAUUGGAUCAGGCCCUGGCCGCCGCGGGUCUCCACGCAGCCGCACCCACUCUGCUCCUGGCAGAGGCCGUGCUGACCUACCUCGAGCCGGACGAGGCCGCGGCCCUCAUCGCCUGGGCAGCCCAGCGUUUUCCCGAUGCCCUUUUCGUGAUAUACGAGCAGAUGAGGCCACACGAUGCUUUUGGCCAGUUCAUGCAGCAGCAUUUUCGGAAGCUCAGUUCUCCCCUGCAUGGCCUGGACCGCUUUCCCGACGUGGAGGCCCAGCAGCACCGCUUCCUUCAGGCUGGCUGGACUGCCUGCUGUGCCAUGGACAUGAAUGAAUUCUAUCGCUGCCUUCUCCCCCCAGAAGAAUGCCAGCGAGUGGAAAACCUUGAACCUUUUGAUGAGUUUGAGGAGUGGCAUCUGAAGUGCGCCCACUAUUUCAUUUUGGCCGCUUCCAGAGGAGAUGCUCUUACCCAAACUCUGGUGUUUCCACCCUCAGAGGUGUUUCCUCGAGUAGAUCCUGCUUCUCCAUCAGGAGUCUUCCCUGCCCGUGUAGUCACUAGUGACAGCCAGGGCCCAAAUCUUAGGAGAUAUGGGCAUGCCUCUGUCCUUUUGAGCCCAAGCAUUAUUCUUAGUGCAGGGGGAUUUGGAGAGGAAGAGGGGCGGCAUUUCCGAGUAAGCAAGUUUCACUUGCUGUCAAGAUAUUGUGACUUUGAAUGGAAAGGCAACCAAAUAUGCAGUUGUGGUACUGGAGCCCAGUGGGUUGGACGCCUUUAUCACACCAUGACAAGACUUUCAGAUACUCAGGUUCUGGUUCUGGGAGGGAGACUGUCCCCAGUAACUCCAGCCUUGGGGAUUCUCCAACUUGGUGUCUGUAAGAGUGAGGAUAAUAGCACUGGGGACCUAAAUGUAAAAGUAACAAAGGCUGGCCCAGAAGAUUCCACGUUGUCACGUUGGCGGCAUUCAACAACAGAAGUGUCCUUUGAGAACGAGAAAUACUUGUUUGUGUAUGGGGGUCGAAGCGUGGUGGAACCUGUUCUAAGUGACUGGCAUUUCCUACAUUUUGGGACAAUGGCCUGGGUCAGUAUCCCAGUGAAGGGGAAAGCACCUGAAGGUCGGCAUUCCCACAGUGCCUGCAGCUGGCAAGGGGGAGUCCUUGUUGCUGGAGGUCUGGGUGCUUCUGAGGAGCCACUGAGUUCUGUACUCUUUCUAAAACCAAUAUCUUGUGGAUUCCUGUGGGAAUCAAUAGUCAUCCAGCCUCCCAUUACUCCAAGGUACUCACACACAGCUCAUGUGCUCAAUGGGAAACUUCUCCUGGUUGGAGGGGUCUGGAUUCAUUCCUCCUCAGUUCCUGGAGUGACUGUCAUUGAUUUGACUACAGGGUUGAGCUCUGAGUAUCAAAUUGACACCACAUGUGUACCAUGGCCAUUAAUGUUACACAAUCAUACCAGCAUCCUGCUUCCUGAAGAGCAACAGCUCCUGCUCCUUGGAGGUGGUGGGAACUGCUUUUCCUUUGGCACCUACUUCAACCCUCAUGCAGUGACAUUAGAUCUUUCUUCCUUAAGUGCUGGGCAGUAGGACUGGACUUUUGAAAUAUUCAGGAACCACUAAAGUAGAUAAUAAAGGUUUCCACAAAUAGGAUUUAACUGUGGCUAUACAUAUACCACUCCUUCCUUCCCUCAUUUUCUUCUCAUUACCAUUAAUAUCCAGUGAAGAAAAGUGAAAGAGGUUGUUAAAACAUAUACCAAUAUUCAGAGAGAUGAUACAAAAAUAAAACAUAAGUAGGUCUGUCCAAAGAGAAUGGUCAUACAUUCCUAGAGUAGGAAUUGGGGAGCCUUUGGAUCCUAGUGUGUCUAGUUUAUUGGUUUUCCUCAUUUAAGUUUAUCCAUUUAUUGAGUUACAAUGACCUUCAGCCUAAGUCAAGUGAAAAAUUUCCCACUCACAUGCUUUGUGAUUUGAGAUGGUACUUUGAGAAAGUUGAACACACAUCUUUGGUAAAAAUACAAGGUUGAUACUCUGGUUUCUCUUCAGGUGACAUAAAUCUUGCCUUUUCCUAAAGAUGUCCACGGAGAGGUACAGAAAUGAGUUUCGACCCAAUUUUUGAGGCCUUGCUUUUAUGAGGCUACCUUUAAAAAAAAUACAAGGUUGAAUGUAGCUGAAGGGA